GUCCAAUCGUCUUGUAUAUGGAUUGAAGUGGUACGGAUAAUUCUCUUUGACAUUGAUCAGUGCCCUUUUCAAGUCAAAACUCUGUUCAUUCCAUCAUGUACUCUUCUUUCUUCAGCAUCGCGACAUUACCAUUCUUCAUCGGAGCAAUUUUUGCGUGUCCACAGCACGAUACACAUACCAACUCCCCCAACAAGCGAGCUACAGGAGGUCAAGAUUGGGCGUACGAAGCCUCGUACAAUUGGGGCAUGGUAAACCCAAACUACACAACUUGCCAAACCGGGACGACUCAGUCACCAAUCCAACUGCUUCUCACCCAGGGCCUCGCACAAAACCAUCUUCCAAAUUUCAGCACCUCAACCUAUACUUUAGUUCCAGGUACGCUCUCAAAUUGGGGUUACGGUCCUGCCUUCACAGUCAAUACAUCCUCCUCGAUCUCAUCUGCACCGUCAUUCACGUACCUCGACUCCAACUCUCAGAACACAACAUUAUACCUCAAAGGCUGGCACAUCCACGCACCAGCAGACCACUCCGUACAAGGCGACCGCGCAAAAGCAGAGCUUCACCUCGUGCACAUCGAUUCUUCAGGCGCAGAAGCAGGCGUGAUCGCGAUCCGAAUCGACCCAGGGAACUCCAAUUCUGAAUUCUUCUCACAAUUCCUCCCAUCCUCCUCGUCUCAAAACAACAUCACCUCGCUCCCGAGCUUCAAUUCUCAAGCCACAUUGCCAAUGCAGCUAGAUAUUUACCAAAUUCUGAGAGAAGUUAAUAUGUUUAGUGAUUUCUGGACGUAUAUGGGCAGCUUGACAUCCCCACCCUGUACGGAAGGUAUUAGGUGGUGGGUUGCGCGGAAUACGCUUUUCGUGGGGGUUGAUCAGAUGAGGGAUAUCUUGGGGGUUAGUACAUUUUCCGCGAGGGUUGAGCAGGAGGUUUGGUUGCAUGGGAUUAAUGUUUGAUUGGAUCAGCUUGGGAAAGUUUGAUCUCAGCAUAUUCCCGAAAAAGUGAAAAUAGGCUUUGGUUGGAAGUAGGCGUGCGGAAUAUUGCUGCCUCUUGAUUUGGUG